AUGGACUUCAACUUCGAACAGCUUCAACCCUGCGAAGACCCCUUCUACGACAUCGUGCCCGGCAAAGGAUCCUAUCCUAUUGGUCGAGUCAUCUUGCCAGUCACCUUUGGCAUGCCCAACAACUACCGUACGGAGCACCUCACCUUUGAGGUGGCCAACUUCAAGACUUCAUACCAUGCCAUCUUUAGCAAGCCCAUGCUAGCAAGGUUUAUGGCGAUCCCACACCACACCUACCUCGUCCUCAAGGUGCUAGCUCCAAAUAGUGUCCUUUCUAUCUAUGGCGACAUCGAGACAUCCUACAAGUGUGACAUGGAGGCAGUACAGCUUGCUGAAGCCCUGGACUACUCGACCAAGGCCAACGCCAUGCUCGCCGAGGCCCAGAAGGUGGACAAGGACUAG